GUUUCGCCCCUGACAUAAAAUAUUUGAAUUGUUUAGAAUAAGUCGAAAUAAUUUAGUCUACGAACCAAACAUUCCCGAUAAAUAAGGCUAUACUUGGACAACUCCAACAGGCUAAAUACUUUACACUUCAUGUCCACUCCACUGUUAUGUAAUACUUCCCUUAUCCAAUCCUCCAUGCCCACCGUCCUCCGCCCUCCCUCCUCCCCACUCCGCCGCCACCACGGCGGCCGCCGGCAUCAUCGCCACCACCUCUUACCUUCAUCACCCUUUUUCCUUCCCCUAAAACCCCUUUCAUUAUCUCCCUCAAUAUCCCUUUACACCCCCUUUUCUUCAUCUUCCACUUCACCCCAACAACUUCUACUCGAUUCCCAAGAAAAUCAAGUUGAUUUCGACAAUUGGGACCCCGUUUCUGCUUCUGGGGUUGCUGAAAGUUUCAAUUUUGAUGAUUCUUUUGACUCUGUGGAGUUGAAGAAGUUUGAAACCCCAUCUAUUGAGGUGAGGGAAUUAGAGGAUAUACCUGAUCAAUGGCGUAGGGCAAGAUUAGCUUGGCUUUGUAAAGAGCUUCCUGCUCACAGGACGCCUACUAUGGUUAGGAUUUUGAAUGCACAAAGGAAGUGGUUUAGGCAAGAAGAUGGGAGUUUUGUUGCUGUUCAUUGUAUGCGAAUUCGCGAAAAUGAAGCUGCUUUUAGGGUAAUGUGUUCAUUUCUUUUGCAUCUAUGUCCUGUGUCCACACACACAAGUACACAAAUAAAUUUGUAUAGAGUUGAACAAGUAGACAAACUGCGGAAGUGUCCUAUGCGGCAAUGCAUGUAGCAUGUUACAUGACGUUUUAUGUCACGUAGGAUAUGUGUGUUCUAAUUGUUCAACUUUAUACUAGUUUAAGUUCGAGUUGUGCACACUCAAAGUUGAAGGACAUAGAUACAAGUUGAUGGCAAGUUAUGUAUGUAUUAUAUACCUUUUAGCUAUGUUGGUUAAAGUAUUUGGGUUGUUCAGUAGUAGCCUCACUUAUUGGUGUGAUAUGUUUAUGUAUUAUGUUAUGUAUGAGACGUGUGUCUAAUUGUUCAAUUUUAACACUCAAAGUUGGAGGACAUAGAUAUAAGUUGAUCCCAAGUUAAAAGGCAUAUGUAUGUAUUAUGUUAUGUAGGAUAUGUGUGUGUAAUUGUUCAAUUUUAAACAAUCAAAGGUGGAGGACAUUGAUAUAAAUUGACGCCAAAUUAAAGGCAUAUGUAUGUAAUUAUGUAUUAUGCCUUUUAGUUAUGUUGGUAAAAAGGUAUUUGAGUUGAACAUUAGUAGCCUCACUUAUCAGUAUAUAUUAUGUGGAAGAAAUUUGAUAUAAAUUUUGGAGAAUGUGGAGAAAAAAUUCCAUUGAACUGUAUGUGUGUUUGCAAAAAUGAAGCUGCUUUUAGGGUUUACAAAUGGAUGAUGCCGCAACAUUGGUUUCGAUUUGAUUUUGCUCUAGCUACAAAACUAGCAGAUUACUUGGGAAAGGAACGAAAGCACUUGAAGUGCCGGGAGAUUUUUGAUGACAUAAUUAAUCAGGGACGAGUGCCUUGUGAAUCUACAUUCCAUAUUCUCAUUAUUGCCUAUCUUAGUUCAUCUGGACCAUCAGUGCUAGAUGAAGCAUGUAACAUCUACAAUCGCAUGGUGCACUUGGGAGGUUAUAAGCCUCGGCUUAACUUACACAAUUCUCUGUUUAAAGCUCUUUUGGGGAAGACAUCGAGCGAGAGUAAACAAUUUCUGAAACAGGCUGAAUUUAUAUAUCAGAACUUGACUUCCUCUGGAUUGGAAAUACACAGAGAUAUUUUCGGGGGUCUUAUAUGGCUUCACAGUUAUCAAGAUGUGGUCGAUAUGGAAAGAAUCGCUGCACUAAGAGCAGAAAUGCGGUCUAGAGGAAUUGAAGAGAGCAAAGAGGUACUUGUGUCAGUUUUAAGAGCUUGCUCGAAGGAUGGAAAUGUGGAGGAAGCCGAAAGAACUUGGUCAAAACUUCUCUCCAUCGAUGGCUGUCCUCCUUCUCAAGCUUUUGUCUAUCGUAUGGAAGUAUAUGCAAAGAUUGGAGAACCUACAAAAUCUUUGAAAGUAUUUAGGAGGAUGCAGGAACAACUGGGUUCCACCUCCGUUGCAGCAUACCAUAAAAUAAUAAAGGUGCUGUCUAAAUAUCAAAAACUAGACCUUGCAGAUUCUAUCAUGUCUGAGUUCAUAAACAGUGGUAUGAAACAGCUGGUCCCAUCAUUCAUCGAUUUGAUGAGGAUGUACUCCAUUGCAGGUUUACAUGAGAAACUGGAAUCUACCUUUCUCCGGUACCGUGAAGUCUGCCAUCCGAAUCUGACAGUUUUUAAUAUUUAUUUGGAUUUAUUGGUGAAUACUGGCAAUCUGAGCCUCGCUGAAGAAAUCUUCCAUGAAAUGCGUGGUAAUGUGGCAAUUGGUGUUGAUUCUCGUGCUUGCAACAGUAUCUUGAGAGGCUAUAUGACCUCUGCAGAGUAUGUGAAGGCAGUAAAGAUAUACAAUUUGAUGCGCCAAAAGAAAUACGACGUUGAGAUUGAAUCUUCAUUGAUGGAAAGACUUGAUUAUGUUCUUAGCUUGCGGGAGAAAGUAAUUGAAAAACCUAUUAGACUGAAGCUCACAGCAGAGCAACGAGAGGUUUUGACAGGGUCGCUUCUUGGGGGUGUGCAAAUUAGAUCAGAUGAAGAGAGAAGAUUGCAUGCAAUCCAUUAUGAAUUUAAUGAAGAGUCGAGGAUCCAUUCCAUUUUUAAGAGACACAUACAUGAUGAAUUUCACGAGUGGUUAGGCUCUCAUGAUAUGAUGGUGGAUAGCACUGCGGACAUUCCUAGUUCUUUUACUACCAUUUCACAUUCUGAUUUUACUUUCUAUGCUGAUCAGUUCUGGCCCAACGGACGUCCUUGUAUACCAAAACUUAUACAUAGAUGGUUGUCACCUCGCGUUCUUGCUUACUGGUAUAUGUACGGUGGUUACCGGACAUCAUCUGGUGAUAUUCUGUUGAGAGUAAAGGGAAGUUCAGAGGGUGUUGUGAGUAUUCUUAAAGCACUAAAAGCCAAAUCGUUACACUGCCGAGUAAAAAAUAGAGGGAAGGUCUUUUGGAUAGGAUUUCUGGGGGACAAUGCUACAUUUUUCUGGAAGGUGGUAGAGCCCUUCAUUAUUGAUGAGUUAAAGGGACUCCUUAAAGCAGGUGGCGACUCAAAUGGAUCCCUGGAAACCCAAUGUAUCAAUUUUGACAGCGGAUCAGAGUCCAACGAGAAGAAUUCAGGUUAUAUCGAACCUGACACGUCCUUGUCUGAUUGAUGCAUUGGUCUGUAUGCCUUCUAUUGCAAGGUGUAAAAUUAUUUGAGAUGAAUAACGUUGCUGCGAAAGUUUUUGGCUGAUAACGUGACGAAGUGCCUUCUGAUAGGACUUGUGGUUCAUUCACAGUCAGCUCUGUUACAAGAUACUACUCACAGCCCACAGGUACUAAUCAACUUUCUUUUGGUGUAUUUAAGAGGAUACAGAAAAGUAAGUUGUGUGGUCGACUCAAGACAAUCUACAAAAGACGGAUUUGACAGAUGUUCCUAUAUUUGUUGGGAAUGAAGUGGGCUAUGCCAAGAACAGCUGCUGAUUUUGUUUCAUCCUCGAUCGGUAUGACAUCACUUUCUUAGUGCUGGUUAGUUUUCCUCCUCCUUACCUUUGUGUUCAAAAUCAACAAGUUUGAGAUGAAUAAAAUGCUAAAACACACUUGUGGGGGGGUGUACACUGAUUUGCUGUGGAUAUUACUGUUACUUAGGACUAUGUAUUGUGGAGAUUGUUGUGUUAAGUACCAACAAAAUGUUUAGUGCUGAUUGCUAAACAUUUUACUUACGAGCUCGUGUAGUACUCACUGCUUGCUUGUAAUACAAGUACAACUAUUGAUUUCAAGUUCGAUUAAAGGUGAAGUAUUACGAAGGCUGACAGUCAGUGUAAAAUUAACCGAUUUUGGUGAAAAACUAUGUGACAAAUUUGGAGUAUAAUUUCUUCACAGCAUGAAAUCCAUGAAUUUGAGCCAAGGUAAUGAAAUUUUUGUAGCAGUAGCUUUAUCAGCUUGCUUUGCACAGCUCGAAGAAGAAGACGAUGUUCCGGCACCGGCGCCGGCGGAAUUUGACGUUUUUGGACAUAGAAAGAAGUUUCUAGAACCUAAUCCGAUCAGUUUCUCUUCCCUGUCUAAACCUGGAAC